CCACGCGCACCCCACGCUUAUAAUAAAAUGUAUACCCCGCCUUCUCGCCCCUCCUAGAAUCCCUUGAAGCACCACAAACACCAAUCAUGAAGAUCUCUCAUGGAUGCUGGCAUCCCGCCCCGGACACUAUCAUCGAUUGGGCCGUCGAAGUUCUGAAGACUCGAGUCUCUGAAGAUGAGCUCUACGCCGUGACUUGCUCGAAGCCCAUCAACUUUCGUGGUGAUACUCUCAACAACCCCACUCUCUCGCAUAGCAUCACGUCUCCUGCAGAUGAUGUUCUCUAUCUCUCGUCUACCCAUUGGAAGUCUCAGACCUCGACAGCCCUCGGCCCUCAUUUUGAACUCUUCCCUGACGGCAAGCCGGAAUCAACUCAGCCUGUGAACGUAUCUAAGACAGAUGAGUCGGCCACGUUCUCCAAGGGCCCGCUGUCGGCAGAGCUUGACAUCCGCUCAAAGUCAUUCAACUUGGAUUUCUACGCGAAGAGCGCAGAUAAGAAGACUCUUCUCACCAAGCUCGGAUGGCGGUCUGUCGGAUACGUCAAGCAAGGAACGACUGCGGCUCACCCCAAGCUCAACUACACUGAGCCCAAUCGUGGUAAACGAUACGUCACUUAUCAGCUGCAGUUGGGGGUUGGUGAGAAGAUCUACGGACUCGGAGAGCGCUUCGGUCCGUUUGUCAAGAAUGGACAGAGCAUCGACAUGUGGAAUGAUGACGGCGGUACGGGAUCCGAGCUUACCUACAAAAACAUUCCGUUUUUCAUGUCCUCUAGAGGAUACGGUAUCUUCAUCCCCUCCUCCUCGCUCAUCUCAUACGAAAUCCAGUCGGAACGCACUACCCGUCUCAACAUUGUGAUUCCUGGAGAACAGUUGUCUAUGUACCUCAUCUAUGGACCAUCGCCAAAGUCGAUUCUUGAAAAGUACACGAUGCUUACUGGUCGUCCUGCUCUGCCUCCCAAGUGGACGUUUGGCUUGUGGCUGAGCACAUCGUUCACUACUGAGUAUGACGCAAAGACUGUAAAGGGAUUUCUUGACGGCAUGGAUGAGCGUGAUAUCCCAGUCUCAGUCUUUCACUAUGAUUGCUUCUGGAUGAAGGGAUUUGAGUGGUGCGACUUUGAGUUUGACAAAGACUACUUCCCGGAUGCUGCCAGUGAUAUCAAAUCUCUCAAGGACCGUGGCAUGCAUGUUUGCGUAUGGAUCAACCCUUACAUUGCGCAAGAGUCUUCGAUCUUUGACGAGGGUGCUGCCAAGGGAUACUUUGUGAAGCGCGGCGAUGGAAGCGUUUGGCAGUACGACUUCUGGCAGGCUGGUAUGGGAUUCGUCGACUUUACGAAUCCUGAUGCGUGGAACUGGUACCAGGAGAAGCUUGCAAAACUUAUUGACCUAGGCGUCGACUCUUUCAAGACCGACUUUGGCGAGCGAAUUCCUACCGGCGACGCUGUCUAUUUUGACGGAUCUGAUCCUGAGAAGAUGCACAACUACUAUCCGUUUCUGUACAACAAGGCCACGUUCGAGGUAGUAGAGCGAAAGCUUGGCAAGAAUGAGGCGGCAGUAUUUGCUCGGUCUGCGACUGCAGGUGUUCAGCGAUUCCCUGUCCAUUGGGGAGGUGAUCCAUACUCUACAUUCGAGGCCAUGGCUGAGACCCUUCGUGGUGGUCUUUCCUUGGCUCUCUCUGGAUUUGGCUAUUGGGCUCACGACAUUGGCGGAUUUGAAGGUAACCCGGAUCCUGCUCUCUACAAACGCUGGAUCGCCUUUGGACUCAUGUCGUCACACUCGCGCCUUCAUGGCAGUAACAGCUACCGUGUUCCGUGGCUCAUUGACUCUACCGGCGAGGCAGAUAAGGUGCUUGCUAAGUUUGUUAAGUUCAAGCACACAAACAUGCCAUAUCUCUUUUCUCAGGCUCGUAUUGCGCACCAGAAAGGAACUCCUAUGCUGCGAGCCACAUUCCUGGAAUUUCCGGACGACCCUUCAUCAUGGACUGUUGACACACAGUAUUUCUUGGGUUCGGAAAUUCUUGUGGCGCCUGUUUUCACCGGCGAAGGCGAGGUGCAGUACUACAUUCCUGAGACUGAAGGCAAGUGGUAUGGUCUUUUUGACGGCAAGAUGCGGUCGUCCGGGAAAUUCGUCAACGAGGUUCACGACUUCUUCUCGAUUCCUGCUUUGCUGCGACCUGCGGGAGCUAUUGUUCGCGGUUCUGUCGACGACAAGGUGGACUAUGACUGGGCCAGCAAUUUCACUCUACUUGUCAACGCGUCCGGAAAGGUGGAGGGAAAGACUGUCAGUAUUCCAGACUGGAAAAACACUGCCGGUGAAGACAAAGUAACGCUCCAGCUCACAAUUACUGAGUCUGAGCUCGCAGUUGAGGUGGUCAGUCUUGGUGAGGAUAUUUUGGGUGCCUGGUCGCUGAAGAUAGUUGCGGUGGAUCAGACCGGAAAAGCUGCCGUCGACGGUGCCGAAAUUGCAAUUUCCAAAGAGUCUGACUGCGAGUUUGUUAUUCCUGUAUCAGCAGGUGCACGAAAAGUGACUGUGUCGUUCUAAUUUGUUGCAUAAUUCCGACUGAAAUCCAGAGGAUCAGUUGACAGCAUUCUUUUAUUUACUUUGAUUUGAGUACUAUAGAUUCAUUUAUUAACAUAAUAUCACAUAAAUCGUUCUCUGC